AGCCCACCAGAAUGCCGCCUCUCCUCACGGCCGCCGUGCUCAUCCUUCUCCUCCUCCCCCUCGCCGCCGGCCAGCGAUUCCGCGGCUUCUCCUAUCUCCUCGACUGCGGGGCCCCAGCCGCCACCACCGACACCCGCGACCUCCGCUGGGACCCCGACGACCCCUACAUCACCGCCGGCACCCCCCGCGCGCUCCCGCUCCAGGGCCUCCUCGACCCGACCCUCGCCACCCUCCGCGACUUCCCGAACCGCCCCGGCGCCAAGUACUGCUACGAGUUCCCCGUCGACCCCAACCGCCGCUACAUCCUCCGCCCCACCUUCUUCUACGGCACCGCCUCCUCGCCGCCGCCGCCCGCGUUCGACCUGAUCGUCGACGGCACCUUCUGGACCGCCGUCGACACCGCCGACGACAGGCUCGCCGGCAGCGCCUCGCGCUACGAGGCCGUCUUCCCGGCCGCGGGCAGGAGCAUGAGCUUCUGCCUCGGCGCCAACCCUAACUACACCGAGGCCGGGCCCUUCAUCAACGCGCUGCAGGUGAUACAGAUUGACGAUCCGGUCUACAACGCCACCGAUUUCCGGACCAGCGCCAUGGGGCUCAUCGCGCGCACCAAGUUUGGCUCCACCGGCCAAGUCGAGAGGGCGCAUCUCCAAAUCCUGGCGUUUUAAGAAUUAGAGCGAUCUAAGGCGCAUGUCAUUAAUCACACAAUUAAUCGAGGCGUUUUGGAAGGAAUAACUC